AUUUGGCACAAAGUUUCACUAUAUAAAUAGACAACCAGGCAGCAGGAUUCACUCAGACUUCAGCAAAGUUCUGAUAUCAACUUUAUCUGCUCUGCUCAGGAACAGCUCAGGCUUCCACUCUGAUACUGGUCAUGGCUACUUUUGUUUCGCUGGUCACCUGUUACAGCAGUAGCAAGACUUCAAGACACAAUGGGGUCAACAAAGACUUCUUGGCUGCAUUUUCACACAAUUGUAACACACCAAACAGUCUUGGUAAACACAGAGCUGCAGUGAGGACACCACAAUCCACUGGAAAAGGAAGUGUAUCUCGCACAAAGUCUGGGGCAAAAGGGAAAAGUCCUUCCACAACCCCAAGAUCCACAUCUUCUGGGCCUGCUACGUCAUCUCCUACUACUAAGCCCAUCUGUGCCAAGAAGUUCUCCUUUUCUCAUCCAAAGAUGCUCUUGAACCAUUAACAGAAACAGAGCAGCAAAAAGGGUGGCCUUCAAGACUUCCUCUCUUCACUUUGAACUUUUAGAUUAAAGUUAUGUGCAGGCAAGAUGUUUGGCCUGGAUUCAGUUAAAUGAUUUGCUGGGAGAAAAAUCAAGAUGCUCAAUUCAUAUAGAUGGUUGGUCAUCUGUCAACAAACGUAAUGCCAAACAUAUUGCAAAAUAACAUUGCUUUGAUUGAUUUGCACAUUAGCAGUUUUAUCUUUUGUUGGACAGUAAUCUUCGCUGGCCUGUCCAGGCGUCCCUUGAUGUGGUUUUCUGUUGUUUUUGAAAGGGGUUUGGAGAUGGAAAUGGAAACAUCAAAACAAACCAUGUUUGUUGCUGAAAUACUGAGGUGAUCGUUUAAAAAAAUGUUUGUUGUGUGCUUUGAAAUUUUGGAAUAAGCAACAACAAAAAUUACUAAAAAGCUUUAAUGAGCUACAAUCUUAAUUUUAGUUAAUCAAAACAGGCUUUAAAAAACAGCCUUGAACAAACAUUCCUUAAAAUAGUCUUAAACCUUUGUGAAUAUGGCCCUAUAUUUUUAAAAGCAUGUUGUGCUUAAUGUUAAAGUAUAGUCAUUUAAUAUUUUAAUCCAAAUGUAUAUCAUUUCCUGAAACUACCUGGAUCCUUUAAAAUGUUUAUGUACAAUAUAAAUAAUGUACUUAUUUACUCAUUCUCACAGUAAAAGUUUAAAACUUGGAGCUGCUUCCAGGCAGUUAUAGUCUCAGUGUAAUGGCUUUAGGAUAGAGCACACUGACAAGUUUGUUUUUUUGUUUGUUAUAACCGCAAACUUGUGUGACAGUAAGUAAGUAGUACAGCUGGUUUUAACUUUGCUUAUAUAUUUAACUGAUUUUGCUGGUCCUGUGGUUAAAAAAUUGUUUAUGUUUUUUUGAAAGGGUGUAGUUUGCCUUAAGAUUUGAUUUGUCACAUAUUUGUCACAUAACUACAGUAAUUCCAAAAUUGCUGGGUGACCAAAGAAAUACAGUAACAAAUAUGCUGUGCAUUUUUUAUUAAAAUACUUUUUAAUAAAAUGCUUAUUGUCUUCUAAGUGACCUUUUCCUUUAUCAUAUAUAUAUAUAUAUAUAUAAUAUAUAUAUGUGUUAAAGUUUAUUGUUUCUGAUAAUUAUUUGGGUACAUUUAGAAAAUGAUCCAUCCUUAUCCUGCUUCUAAAAAAAUGUAAUACAUACUGUAAAUAAAUAAUUGUGUAAACCACCUUCAAAAGUUUGUGGAA